GGAGCCCUCAAGGCCCGCUCUCCUCCCCGGCCACCGGAAGGAAGCUUUCCUGCUCCUCCGCGCCGCUCCCGAGCCUUCCCUCCGGUUCCGGGGCGCGCCCCGGUCAGGGAGCGUCUACCUGCGUCAGGGCCGCCCAGUCUCCCUCCCCCGAAGCGGGGUCUCGGCGCCAUGGACGCGGCGGCGCUGGAGCGGGACGCGGUGCAGUUUGCCCGGCUGGCGGUGCAGCGCGACCACGAAGGUCGCUACUCUGAGGCGGUGUUUUACUACAAGGAAGCCGCACAAGCCUUAAUUUAUGCUGAAAUGGCAGGCUCAAGCCUAGAACAUAUUCAAGAAAAAAUAAAUGAGUAUCUGGAAAGAGUUCAAGCUCUGCAUUCGGCAGUUCAGUCAAAGAAUGCUGAUCCUUUGAAAUCAAAACAUCAAUUGGACCUAGAACGAGCCCAUUUCCUUGUCACACAAGCUUUUGAUGAAGAUGAAAAAGAGAAUGUCGAAGAUGCUAUAGAAUUGUACACAGAAGCCGUGGAUCUCUGUCUGAAAACUUCUUCUGAAACUGCUGAUAAAACCCUACAAAAUAAGCUGAAACAGUUGGCUCGACAGGCACUGGAUAGAGCAGAAGCAUUGAGUGAGCCUUUGACAAAACCACUUAACAAAAUCAAGUCAGCAAAUGUUAAACCAAAGCCACCUCCACCCAGAGCCCAUUUUCCACUAGGACCUAAUCCCUUCCUCGAAAGACCUCAGCAGUUUAUAACUCCCCAGUCAUGUGAUGCACAAGGACAGAGAUACACAGCAGAAGAAAUAGAAGUGCUCAGGACAACAUCAAAAAUAAAUGGUAUAGAAUAUGUUCCUUUCAUGAGUGUUGAUCUAAGGGAACGUUUUGCCUACCCAAUGCCUUUCUGUGAUAGAUGGGGCAAACUACCAUUAUCACCUAAACAAAAAACGACAUUUUCUAAGUGGGUACGACCAGAAGACCUCACCAACAAUCCUACAAUGAUUUACACUGUGUCCAGUUUUAGCAUAAAGCAGACAAUAGUGUCAGAUUGUUCCUUUGUGGCAUCACUGGCUAUCAGUGCAGCUUACGAAAGACGAUUUAAUAAGAAGUUGAUUACCAGCAUAAUUUACCCUCAGAAUAAGGAUGGCGAGCCAGAAUACAAUCCAUGUGGAAAGUAUAUGGUAAAACUUCACCUCAAUGGUGUCCCAAGAAAGGUGAUCAUUGAUGACCAGCUACCUGUUGACCAUAAGGGAGAAUUGCUCUGUUCUUACUCGAACAACAGAAGUGAACUGUGGGUGUCUCUCAUAGAGAAAGCAUACAUGAAGGUCAUGGGUGGAUAUGAUUUCCCUGGAUCCAACUCAAAUAUUGAUCUUCAUGCACUGACGGGGUGGAUACCAGAAAGAAUUGCUAUGCAUUCAGAUAGCCAGACUUUCAGUAAGGAUAAUUCUUUCAGAAUGCUUUACCAAAGAUUUCACAAAGGCGAUGUCCUUAUCACUGCAUCAACGGGGGUGAUGACUGAAGCUGAAGGAGAGAAGUGGGGUCUGGUUCCCACACAUGCGUAUGCUGUUCUGGAUAUUAGAGAAUUCAAGGGGCUGCGAUUUAUCCAAUUGAAAAAUCCUUGGAGUCAUUUACGUUGGAAAGGAAGAUACAGUGAAAAUGAUGUGAAAAACUGGACUCCAGAGUUGCAGAAAUAUUUAAACUUUGAUCCCCGAACAGCUCAGAAAAUAGACAAUGGGAUAUUUUGGAUUUCGUGGGGUGAUUUGUGCCAGUAUUACGAUGUGAUUUAUUUGAGUUGGAAUCCAGGUCUUUUUAAGGAAUCAACAUGUAUUCACAGUACUUGGGAUGCUAAGCAAGGACCUGUGAAAGAUGCCUACAGCCUGGCCAACAACCCACAGUACAAACUGGAAGUGCAGUGUCCACAAGGGGGCGCUGCAGUGUGGGUUUUGCUUAGUAGACACAUAACAGACAAGGAUGAUUUUGCAAAUAAUCGAGAAUUUAUCACAAUGGUUGUAUACAAGACUGAUGGGAAAAAAGUUUAUUACCCAGCUGACCCAGCUCCAUACAUUGAUGGAAUUCGAAUUAACAGCCCUCAUUAUUUGACUAAGAUAAAGCUGACCACACCUGGGACCCAUACCUUUACAUUAGUGGUUUCUCAGUAUGAAAAACAGAACACAAUCCAUUACACAGUCCGGGUGUAUUCAGCAUGCAGCUUUACGUUUUCGAAGAUCCCUUCACCGUACACCUUAUCAAGACGGAUUAAUGGAAAGUGGAGUGGUCAGAGUGCUGGAGGAUGUGGAAAUUUCCAGGAGACGCACAAAAAUAACCCCAUCUACCAAUUCCAUGUAGAUAAGACUGGGCCGUUACUGAUCGAGCUAAGAGGACCAAGGCAAUACAGUGUUGGAUUUGAGGUGGUAACAGUUUCUGUCGUGGGAGAUCCUGGUCCCCAUGGCUUUCAGAGGAAAUCUAGUGGUGAUUACAGGUGUGGAUUUUGCUACCUAGAAUUAGAAAAUAUACCUGUUGGGAUCUAUAAUAUCAUUCCCAGUACUUUUUUGCCUAAACAAGAAGGACCUUUUUUCUUGGACUUCAAUAGUGUUAACCCCAUCAAGACAACACAACUUCAGUGAUGGAGGAAUCUCAGCAAUUACUGGAUUUUACACGUACCAAACAUUACCUCUUCCAAUGAGGACACAAAUCUGCAGAACACCAAAAACAACAAUCAGAACAAAUUAAAUCUCUAAAAACAUGAUACAGUAGAAUCUGGUGCUCAAGUCAGGUGUUUGGUAAGAGUUGAAUACAUGGUAUUAUGUAAAUAUGGAGUUGAUUUGUAUUUAGGGGCCGUGUUGUAUUAAAAAAGUGCAUAUUGUUAAAGAUUAGACUCAGCACUGUGAGAUGCCUUUGCUAAGAGAACGAGCGAACUGAGACUAGCUGAGGAAACUGAAGAACAACAGACUCACUGAGUGGAAUGGUGGGCAGGUGUAAUAUCCUGAAAUAUUUACAUUAUUUUUCUCUUUUCUGCAGAGCACGUUGUAAGUUAAACCUGCUUGUGUUGUGACUCCGCUGUCUAUCUUGGGCAACUAAUUACCAAAUGAAUCAUGUCACCAUAACCAGAUUUUAAUUCUGCAUUAUUUCUGUCUUUGAAAUGCUUAUUGUUGCCCAAGUGUUAAUGAAAGAAUAAAGCUUUAAGAAAUCCUAAUUAACUUAGCAUAAAGAUGUUCAUACUUAAGAAUGGAGGUUGUUGAAGUAAGAUAUGUAGCUCCUUUUGAAUCAUGUAAAGAGAACUGCAGUUUUUCUUAUAUCAGAUUGAAAGUAGUUACCUUCUGAGACAUUGAAGACAUUUCAUAUAGUUUAGUCUGUUUUCAGUUGUGCUCAGUGUUCUUUAUGGUAACAGCACUUUGAAGAAAAUAUAAUUGAGUAAUAUAUGAUGAUUGGGUUAUAUGUAGCAGUCAGAAAGAGUGAAUUGCCAAGAUACUAGUGUUAUAUGUACGUUCCCAGAUGUUUACAUAAAAAUCCAUCAGCAUAGACAGUGCUCAAGAUUUUAAAGAUCUCAAAAUUAAUAGGGUGGGAUUUUUCAUUGUCUCUACUUUAUAAUUAUCAAACCUUCCUAUUUUGUAUUUCACACAGACUUUAAUUGAAAUAAAAUAUAUUUAUACUUAUGGAAACUGUAUAGUUUAAUCUAGAAAUAUUAAAAUAUUUCAUCUAGCAUGUUCCAUCAUUAUUUGCAUGAAAAUUCAUGCUUCAGCAAAAAAUCUGUUCUUUACAUUUAAAAUAGUAGAUUAUUAUGCCUAUGAGAUGUUGCUUUGGCAGAUAUUUUGUGCUUUCUAUUUUAGCAUAUUACUUUUAGGUGGAUUAAUUCGACUAAUUUUCCAUGGUCCUUUAAAGAAAAAAAAUCUAAAGCAUAAGAGGUGUAUUUAUUAUAAACACAUAUUAUUUGAACUUAUUUACUUCAAGAUCUUGUAUAGGAUACAAACUGAAAUAAGACCUAAUCCCAGUCUUCAGAAAUCAAAUGGAGGAGGCUAGAGCCAAAAUGGUGGAUUGAUCAGACAUCCCACACAGUCCAUCUACAGCAAAGACCCAAGAAACCAAGUGAAACAGAUACAGAUGAUAAUCCUGAAACCCUGGGCAUCAAAUGAAAGGAUAAAGAAUUAGAUUGAACACUGACUGGAAGAAGAAACAUAUCAAAAACAGCAAAUUAGGAGAUAAGGAGAGGAGGAUCCCUGCCAGCUAGCCCAGCACAGCAUAGCCAUCUUGAGACAAAGCCAGCAGCAGUCCUGGGAGAGGAACACAAAAGGCAGCUUCACAAAACUUUGACAGACAUACCGGGAGUGAAACGAGAUAAGCAGGACAUGGGCUGGUUCUAGUGAGGGAAAGAGCAGGGGGGAAGGCAGGGGCACCAGGGAUCCCAGUGCCACAGAAUAGGGAGGAAGCCAAGAACUUGGAGACAGGUGCAAUGGUCCCUGACCAUUUGAAAUAGUUGCACACACAGUAAUAGAUCCAUAGCAUGUCAAAGGAGGGCCCCCACUUGACUGGACCCACCCCAAGGUCCUCAGGCACUCUUCCCUAGUGACCGGAGGAGGAGGCUCCCCCUCCUCCAUCUUCCUAGUGAAUAGUGCCAUGAGCCCUCACAUUCCUGUAGCCCUAGCCACUGGGGACAAGAGUAUAAACCUCCCCUUUUUCCACCACCUAGCCCCAUCUGCCACUUUUCUACCCUAUCUGCUGAUCCCAUCGUGCAGUGGCUCAGCUGCUCCGGCAUUCCCACCUACCACAUGGCAGCUCCAGCCUUCCACUGCCAUCUACCUUGCCCUACUGCCUGCUGGCCCUGCCAUGCAGCAGCUUUCUCUGGCCCUCCUCUGGCCCCCUGCCUUGCCCCUUCUACCCACUAGCCCCACUACAUGGCAGCUCUGGCCCUCCCUGGUGGCUGCCACUGCUCUGGCCUUCUCCUAGCCCAUCCCACCAAGUGGUGACAGCUCUGGCAUUCCCCCAAUUGAUCAUCCUGCCCUUCCUGCAUGCCAUCCUGUCUGCUCACCCAGCUGAGUGUCAGAAAGUGCUACUACUGUGCCUGCUGCCCCACCCUCCUGGAGAGCAGCUGGGCACACUGCUACCUACCCUGCUAGACAACAGGUGGCCAGCACAGCAAUUUUCACACAUUGAACAGUGUCACACCACCCCACCCACCCAAAGACAGGUGGUAAAUGCUCCAAAGCCAUCAGACUAAUGACCAGCAGACUGUAGCAGCUCCGCCCACCCUGAUGCAUCAAAACAACCAAGAUGAAGCAAUCAACAAAUAAUAGCUUAAGUGCCUCAGAGACAGGAGACAAUAUCAAAUCAUAUAAAGAUGUGGAACAAGAUGGCUCUAGCAGGUAACCAAAAUAGGUAGAAGGGUCUUCCUGAGAAAGAAAUGGCACUAGAACUACCCAAUAAGGAAUUCAAAAGACAUAUAUAUAUAGGAUCCUCACAGAUCAAGGAAAAGACAGACAAAACUCUAGAAUUCAGGAAAAAAAAUGAAAAUUAGAAACCAUACAAAAACAAAAUGAAAAACAAUUAGAAACCAUACAAAAACAGCUACUAGAAAUCCAAAAGAUUAACAGAAAAAUUCAGAAGUAGAUAAUGGAAGGACACAGAAAUAGAAUUGAAUUGAAGGAUCAGCAAAAUAGAGGACAAAUCCCUUGAUACUAAUUUGAGUGAUAAUCAGAAAAAUUGAAAAUGAAGAAAGCCUAGGAGUUAUGUAGGACACUUAUCAAGAAGAACAAUCUAUGUGUAAUUGGAGUUCCACAACAGGAGGAGACGAGAAAAAGCAUGGAGAAAAUUUUCAAAGAAUUGCUGGCAGAAAACUUUGGUGACAUCAUGAAAGAUGAGAUUUCCAUCCAAGAAGUUCAACAAUCCCCAUACAGGAUAGAGCCCCCAAAAAAGUCACCAAGACAAUAAAAUUUUCCAAAAUCAAACACAAAGAAUUCUGAAAGCAGCUUGGGAAAAAAAUAUCACCCACAAAGGAACUCCAAUAAGACUAAGUUCUGACUUCUCGGUAGAAACUAUGCAGGGAAGGAGGCAAUGGGAUGACGUAUAUAGAGUCCUGAAAGAAAGGAAUUGCCAACUAGGAAUAAUGCAUCCAGAAAAGCUGUCUCAAAUGCGAUGGCAAAAUUAGGACAUUCCCAGAUAAACAGAAAUUAAGGGAAUUUGUAAAAACCAGACCACCUUACAAGAAAUAUUAAAGGGAGUCUGUUGGCAGAGAACCAAUGACAUUAGACAACAACCUGAGAUCAAGACACACGAUGACAACACCCAAAUACCAACCCAAAGAACUCUCAAAGCUACAAAACUGAAAACAUCAAUCUGAAAUCGAUGGCAAUGUCUAAACGAAAAAGGAACAAAUGAUGCAGUUAUAGAACUUCCAUAUGGAGGGAAUUCAAGGUGAUAUCAAAAAACAAGAUGGUUUUAAACAUAGAAUGAUAAAGGUAAAACCUCACAGUAACCACAAAGAAAAUUAACAAACCUAUCCACCAAAAUAAGAAAAAAAGACUCAAAAAAACAAAACCAAAGGGAAGAAAUGAAAAGAUAAUCCAUGAACAAAAAGAACUCAGCACAGAAAAUUUAGUGGAACAAUGAAAUUGUCAGCACCAAAAAAAAAAAAAGCAUAACAAAA